AUGGCGUCCGAAGCGCCUCUGCCCAUUCUAAACCCAACUCUGGACGAUACAGAGGAUGAAAUUGGACAACCGAUGUACAAUUCUCGUGCAACCCUUGGACAAAACUCGCAACACACAGAGACAAAGCCAGCCCAUUCACGGCGCUCGUCGCGAGGCUCAAAGCGAAAGAGAAGCGCGUCUUUCGAUUUUGAUAUUCCUCCACACGUUCCAGAGCACGAUGUGCUCGAUCAUGCUCCCAGCAGCAGCUCGACGCGCUCGAAACGAGCAAAAGUCGCUACAAGCCGACGACGACCUAUCGAGGUUGCGGACAGCCAGUUUCUUCAACAGCCAGUUCACGGAGGAAUCGAAGGGACACAGCAACUGGACACAGAGUCCGAGGCCACUGGUCACAUCUCUGCGACCCAGUCGGCGACCAACGGCGACAGCUCGACAGUAUUGGACGAUAUGUUUUCCUUGGAGCGAUUAGCUCCUGAAAAGACAUAUCUCUAUCCUCCAAACGGAUCUGCAACUCCUUUGGCCGAGGGAGGAUCCCUGACGCUCAAGGACGCACAGUCGGACUCCAGGUCGGUCGGCCAGGACAAGGAAGAAGACAAGGAGCAACCAACAGCUCCAAACUUUGAGCGAGUUUUCUUUGGCAAAUGGCGGAUCACACCUUGGUACUAUUCGCCGUACCCGGCGAUGGAGAUGGACACUUCAGCCUAUUACAAGGCGCACAACACUGGAGGUUCGAAAAUCCAAGGUACAAGUGUCUACGCAAAACCCCAACAGGAGAAUGGGGGCAUGUACGGGACAGGCCCGAUUCGACUCGGCUCAAAGAGUGAGCCUCCGCUCCAUGCAAAAGCGAGCAGUCUUUGGGUCUGUGAGCGAUGCUUCAAAUACUCUGACCGACCGCUGUUCCAAUUGCAUACGCCAGACGGGCAACCGCUAGACCUGCAUAGCAAUACCAGCUGCAAUAUCUCCUCGCCACCUGGUGUCAAGGUCUAUGACGACGAACUCGCUCGUCCGCAAUCAACUGCCCAACCAGCUCCUCCCGAGAGAGAAGGGCGAGUUCGUAUCUACGAGGUGAACCCAGCGCGACACAAGCUUUUUUGCCAGAACCUCACCUUGUUUGGAAAGCUGUUUAUUGACUGGAAGUCCAUCUUCUUUGAGUGCGACGGCUUCAACUUUUAUGUCAUUACUUCAGUAGAGGACGGUGUCGAAUCCUUUGUUGGCUUUUUCUCAAAAGAGCGGGACUCUCCAGAGGAUUACAAUCUUGCGUGUAUCAUCACGUUUCCACCGUAUCAACGGAGAGGGUUUGGACGUCUGAUGAUUGAAUUCAGUUAUCAACUGUCCAAGCGGGAAGGACGAAUUGGUUCGCCGGAAAAGCCUCUUUCAGAUCUGGGACUCCGUUCGUACUAUUCGGUGUGGGCAAACAUGAUCCUGGAUUACCUCUUAGAGCAGAUUAAAGUAAACCAGAUGGUCAUGGACCGUUCAAAGGCGUCUAAACGUGGUCUUUAUCACAACAACAACCAAGACCAUCGCGUAGACAAGCCGCUCGGAACAUCACGGACAAUCACUCCCGUCAUCAUCCACCCAGACGGCUCGGCGCUCGUCCACUUUUCGUUUGAUUGCACGCUACAGCAGCUCGCAGAGGGUGCACAUCUGACCGUUGCCGACGCGAGCUUUGCGCUCGGCGAAAUGGGACUCGAGCCCUAUAUCCUCUCGACAACCACUCCAACCACAACUGCACCUUACAAAGAAGAAGCAGAGAAAGAACAGGAAGAUAAGCAUACCAGCGCCGUCAUCUCUGGUGCGGAUACGGGUGCUGUCCCUACUCAACCGACCCCCUCCGAGUCGGCGGCAAAGGACAGCAAGCACGAUAAGAAAAUUGUGUUCACGAGGCAACUCAUUCAACUCGUGGCGGAAAAAGUUCCGUUUCGGAAAAGGCCGAGGAUCGAUCCGGCCUGUGUCUUGCUUGGACCGCCUCUGUAG